AUGGAUCAGGAGAAUACCUGUCAGGAAGACAGCAGCGCGAGUCAUGCGGUACUAGGCGGGUGUUCAGAGUGGGCGCCUGAGACGAGUGCGAUUUCCACAGGGGUCAAUCCUAGGACGGUGCUGUUUUCAGGUAUUCGUGAACGACAGACGGAAGGAAUAGACAACCGAAGUGUCCCUGUUCUUGCAGAAUGUAAAGUUAAUGAGAAGAAACAAUCGACGAGGAUCAUAAACUACACAGGUAUCACGACAGCUGCAGACCCUGGACCAGCAAAUGGUUCCGGAGAUCAACCCCACCAAAUACAGAAGUCUAUGAAGAAUGAGAUGAAAGCAGUUUUUGAUUCUCACUGUGGUGCUGCAGCAGCAGCUCAGUACUACGGCACCUACGGACAUGGUGGACAGGUGGACUUGAGUGUUGGUGAGAGCGACUACCACUUCUCGUGGCGUCACGACGGAGGCAAGAAGUAUGACUGGCAUACUGCUAACUAUUACUGCUACAGUCUGGGCAAGGGAUGGCAGGGCGUCAGCAUCGAGACUCCAGAAGAGGACAAAAUCAUCUCAGGCAUCAUCUACAAAGACAAGCUGGAAUACAUCUGGACUGGUGGUUACCGUAGUGGCUACGACCACUACGAAGGGAUAGCCAGAAGGCCAGGCUUCGCCUGGCCUUCUGGCUAUCCCUUCUACGGAAUUAACUGGUCUUACACUGGCAGUGAGGGAUUACCUCAACCAGACAACGCUGAGGAAGGGAAGGAGUUCUGUCUGGCAGUUCUUAACAACUUCUACAACGACGGCAUCAAAAGGCACGACGUUGCUUGCUACCACCCAAAGGCCAACAUCUGCGAGCGUCGCGCUUACAAGCUCUAUGGCUGA